CCCUGCAGCUUUCCUUUCCCUGUGCCUCGGGUCCUGCAGGGAGGACAAGCCGUGAGUAGCAGGGCGAUCCACGGUGGAGUUAGGCUGCCAUGGGUCCCCCAGCUCUCUUCCCUGCGCCCCUCUCUAGGUGACUGCAAAGUCCCAGGUGGGUGAGUGCCACGGACCCUGUCAUACGUGGGAUAAGAGGGUGCUCCUUAGUGCUCUCAUUCCCAUGGAUCUAACCCCCCGACCGAGAGAAUGAAGUAGCCGUGAUGGAGCCGGUAUCAGUCCCGGGCUUCCGACUGAAAGCAGCCGCUGGGGGGGGAACACUUUUUGCUUGGAUAGUUUUAUAUAUCUCCUGUUGCCUGGAUAUUUCUCAGGGAGCUACUGAAGAUGUUAACGUUCUUCAGAAGCUGGGCCUCAUGGGAGAGAAGUCAUCUGUCCGCUCAGUGCCUCAGGGGGUCAUCCCAUUUAAGUUGGGGGUCAUUUUGACACAACGAGCAAGAGUGGAAGCUCCAGUUCACUCCAUUUUACCGCCAAGCUUAGGAACAAAUCUCACUCUGGUGCUGAGCCUCAGCUCCCACCGCAUAAAUAAUGCUUUUCUAUUUGCCGUCAAAAGCAAGAAGAAGAAACUCGAACUUGGGGUGCAGUUUAUCCCAGGAAAAAUUAUAGUUUAUGUGGGUCACAAGCGGUCUGUGUAUUUUGAUUACAAUGUUCACGAUGGCCAGUGGCACAACAUGGCCCUUGGUAUUCAAGGCCAAACGGUGACUCUAUAUACUUCUUGCGGGAAGCAAAGAGUUAAUGCCAGUUUGCAUUCAAGGAAGGUUGGCCCAUUGGAUUCUGAUGGGGUUUUUAUACUUGGUAAAAUGAACCAGCACUCUAUUCAAUUUGAAGGCGCCCUUUGCCAAUUUGAUAUUUAUCCUCCAGCCAAGGCAGCUCAUAAUUACUGUAAAUAUCUUAAGAAGCAGUGCAGGCAGACAGAUACCUACAGGCCGAACCUACCCCAUCUAAUUCCGCUGAUUCUUAAUGAAAGCAGAUUCCAUCUUGGCACUGAGAUGCCUUCAAGAUCUGUGCAUAACCUUACCACCAUUUUACCCCGGGCAGAGUUGAUUGGAACAAGCUUUAGUACCAGCACAAAAAGGAUAGCUUCUGGUAGGCUUCCUUUUGUAAAAAUGACUACCAAAUCACCAUCUUUGCUUGCCUCAACAUCUCGGCCUCCUUACAGAAUUGAUACACAGCUUUCUUCAAGCACCGUAACAAGGACUUCUACCACUGUGUCCGGAUCAUCAACAUCUCUGCCAGUUAAUCCUCUGUUAGAAGAGACUGUCUUCAACAUGGCAAAGUCAGGUCUAACACCUAGUCAAAGCACCAAGAAGGUCUAUCAAAAAACAACCACCAAGCCAUCAGUGACAUCUGCUGCUUCAAAGCAGGUUAAAAAGACCACAGGGAGCAGAAGGAGUACAAACACCAUUACCCCAAAACAAGCUGUGGAGAAACUGAAUAGUGGGUCCAGUCUAAAGAAUCACUCUUAUGUGGACUGGAAGGUUAAAUCAAACACUUCUGUACUUUACACCAAACCACCAUCCUCUUCUGUUCCACCAUCAACUCACAUGGUUUCAGCCAGUUCUCCCUUUGCUCACGAUUACUAUUGGCUUGAUCCAACACCAUUUCCAUUUCUGAUGGGACCUCCAGGCCCCAAAGGCAAUCAGGGUAGUCCAGGUCCUCCUGGUUUACCUGGUCUCACUGGCUCACCUGGGAAAAGAGGCCCACGGGGUCCGCCUGGUCCUCAUGGAAAUCCUGGCCCACCUGGUAUGCAUGGCCCAAAGGGGCAAAAGGGUGAUCCUGGGCUUUCACCAGGAAAAGCAAUAAAUGGAUUAAAGGGAGAUCCUGGUUUGCCUGGUUUAACUGGAGUUCCUGGGCCACUAAGUCGUAAGGGACAGAAAGGCUAUCCAGGACCUCAAGGACAUCCUGGUGAACCGGGUGUGCGAGGACCCGAGGGAAGCCCAGGGGCCAAAGGUUAUCCUGGCAGGCAGGGCUUGCCUGGACCAAUAGGAGUUUCUGGGCCCAAGGGAAACCGGGGCUACAUUGGCCCCCCUGGUUUGUUUGGGCUGCCUGGCGCUGACGGAGAACGUGGUUUGCCUGGAGUUCCCGGGAAGAGGGGCACCAUGGGUAGGCCGGGAUUCCCUGGUGAUUUUGGAGAGAGGGGACCUCCCGGGUUGGAUGGAAACCCAGGUGAAUUAGGAGCCCCAGGUCCCCCCGGUGUUCCUGGAUUCAUAGGCGAUAUGGGUGCUGUUGGAGCUGUAGGAUUUCCGGGACUCAAAGGUUUAAAGGGGCUGCCGGGGAACUCUGGAGAAUCUGGACUGAAAGGUGAUAAGGGCAUUCAGGGAUUUCCAGGGAUACCCGGAGACAUUGGCUUUCAAGGAGACAAGGGCAGUCAGGGUCUUCCAGGGCCACCUGGAAUGCGUGGGAAAACUGGUGUAAUGGGGAAACCAGGCGAUAAGGGUUUUGCGGGAUUCCCGGGCCCUCCAGGACCAGAGGGCUUUCCUGGGGACAUUGGGCCUCCGGGAGAAAACGGUCCAGAAGGUAUCAAGGGAAAGCCAGGAGCCAGAGGGUUCCCAGGACCUAGAGGACAGCCAGGGCAUGAGGGGGAUGAGGGACCAAUUGGGCCACCAGGAGCUCCAGGUCUGGAGGGGUUUCCUGGGCGGAAGGGCUAUCCUGGGAUUCUUGGGGCAGAAGGUCCAAAGGGUGAAGCAGGCAACACAGGAAGGUCUGGGAAGAUCGGUGAACAGGGGCUUCAAGGAUUUAUUGGUCCAGUGGGAGAGACAGGAAUUGCAGGGGAGAAGGGAGAUCGUGGGGGAAUUGGGAGUCCAGGACCACCAGGGGAAAAGGGAACAAUGGGUCAUCCUGGGAAUCCAGGACCUCCAGGUUCUCCGGGCCCUCCUGGACCACCGGGUUCACCUGGAUCAAGGGGUUCUCCGGGUGUGCGUGGUCCAAAAGGACGCAGAGGUGCUAGAGGCCCUGAUGGACCAGCGGGAGAACCUGGACUUGCAGGUACUAAGGGUCCUUCUGGGAUACAGGGCAAGCAAGGUCUGAUUGGCCCACAGGGCAAAAUGGGAGAGAGAGGAAUACCAGGGCCAAAUGGUUUUCCAGGAAUAUCAGGACCUUCCGGCCCACCCGGGGAGAAGGGAAUUACAGGAAAUCCAGGCCCCGCUGGAGCACAAGGACCUGUAGGCGCUUUGGGAGAAAUUGGACACAAGGGACCUCAAGGAGCAAAGGGUGAGCCAGGACCUCCAGGUGAAACUGGAUUAAAGGGAGACCUUGGUCCAUUGGGCAUUCCAGGAGAACAAGGUCUGAUUGGUCAAAGGGGAGACCCAGGAUUAGAGGGGGAGAGUGGCUUAACUGGCCCUGAUGGCAUGAAGGGAGAAAUUGGACAACCCGGACCUGAGGGGGAAAAGGGAGAGAAAGGAGUGGAAGGAACAAAAGGAAAAGAUGGACCCCCCGGUCCAUCUGGAAUUCCAGGUGUCAGAGGCGUUGAAGGAAAGCCAGGAAAACAAGGAGAAAAAGGAAAACCUGGGCAAAAGGGGAGCAAAGGCUUUGAGGGCCAUUUGGGAGAAACCGGUGUUCCAGGAGAUCAAGGGCCCACUGGGAACCAAGGACCUAAGGGAAGCAGGGGCACUCGUGGACCCGUUGGAUCCCCUGGGAGAAUGGGUGCACAGGGUGAGCCAGGAAUGCCAGGCUAUCAGGGACAUAAGGGACCCCCCGGUCCACUAGGACCACCAGGAAUAAAAGGUGAAAAGGGAGAACAAGGGGAUGAUGGGAAGGCAGAAGGUACCCCUGGAGCUCCUGGAGACAGAGGCCCUGUUGGUGAUGGUGGAGACAGAGGAGAGCCUGGUGACCCCGGAUAUCCUGGUCAAGACGGACCGGAGGGACCUAGAGGAAAUGCUGGGCAGCAGGGUUUACCGGGUCAUUCUGGACCACGAGGUCUUCAGGGCUUACGAGGAUCCAAAGGCACUGUGGGUUUGAAGGGCAAGCCUGGAAAGCCAGGGGAGUCGGGGGCACAUGGACAGCCUGGUGCUAUAGGUGUGACUGGUCCAAGGGGAGUAGUAGGAAGACAGGGCCAGGAGGGCCCUGCUGGACCUGAUGGGAUUCCAGGAAAAGAUGGCAGUCCCGGACUUAAGGGAGAACAAGGAGAUGAUGGGGAAAUUGGCCUUGCUGGAACUUUAGGAAAACGAGGAAAUACUGGUGUUCCCGGUUUGCCUGGAGCUCAAGGACCACCAGGAUUCAGGGGUGAAAGAGGAUUGCCUGGUGAAAUUGGACUGCCAGGAAAACGUGGCAUGGAAGGCGGAAUGGGACUUUCAGGAGCCAAAGGGGAGCUUGGGACAAAAGGCCAGCCUGGUGACCCUGGGGAGAUGGGGUUUCCAGGCAUUGCCGGACUCUUUGGACCCAAGGGACCCCCAGGUGAUGUCGGAUUUAAGGGCAUUCAGGGACCAAAAGGACCUUUAGGUUUAAUGGGAAAGGAAGGUGCUGGCGGACCUAUGGGUAUUGUUGGACCAAAUGGAAACCCUGGGCCUGUCGGAGACAGAGGAAGCCAAGGGGAUAAUGGAAUGCCAGGUCCUCGGGGCCCUCCUGGUCCAAGGGGAAAGCCUGGUCCACCGGGCCCUUCAGUGAUCCUUGAUUCAUAUAGGCAAGAGGACUUUGCUGCUUCUUACCAGGCCCUCAUGGACUCCAGUGGAACAUCCUAUCAGAGUACGAACUACAUGAUGGUGGACAAUGGAUCAGAAAUAUUUAAGACCCUACACUACCUCAGUAGCCUUAUCCAGAGCAUAAAAAGCCCACUUGGAACGAGGGAUAACCCUGCUCGCAUCUGCAGAGAUUUGAUGAACUGCCAACAGAAAAUGGGAGAUGGCACUUAUUGGAUUGACCCGAAUAUUGGCUGUUCUUCAGACACCAUAGAAGUCACAUGCAAUUUUACAGAAGGUGGCCAAACCUGCCUUAAACCGAUCACAAAAUCUAAAAUGGAGUUUGAGGUUGGCAGGGUUCAGAUGAACUUCCUUCACCUGCUGAGUUCUGAGGCUAUGCAGAGCAUUACUUUUCACUGUCUGAAUGUGCCAGCAUGGGAGAAAUCUUCCAAGGCAGUACGAUUCAAAGCAUGGAGUGGACAUAUAUUUGGCACAGAAGGCAUGUUUCAGCCAGAGGUGUCUGUGGAUGGCUGCAAGGUGCAAGACGGACGCUGGCAUCAGACUGUUCUUAUUUUUCGGACACAGGACCCGACUCAGUUCCCAAUUGUUGACGUGCUAAAUCUACCGCUACCAUCACCUGGCAUGACCAUUCAUCUGGAAGUGGGAAGUGUCUGCUUCCUUUAGAAAAAAAACAUGACAUUUGCAUUGGCAUUUAUUUCUUGAGACUUCUGAACCAGAAUAUGUUCAUCCUGAAUCUAAUUUUAUCCCUAGAAAUCCACGGACCUUGCUACACAGUUCUAUUUAUAGCUCAGCCAUGAAUACAUAGGGAUACCAAAGCAGGCUCAUCUCGUGGAAUGAAGCCCAAAGGGAUAAUAAAGUAUUGAUAAGAACCAAUGAUAAAAGAAAACAAAAAGCAUGCUUCGGCAACAAGAAGAGAAAAAGACCACCGCCUAAAUCAAAGCAUAGCGCUUCAGUUACUCCCAUUCUGCCAGGGAGAGUCUAACUGAAAAACAUGGGGUAAAAGGCAGAAAGCAUUGUGAAGUGCAAUAUGAAAAAAAAAUAAAAAUAAAAAAUAUAUAUAUUUUAUUUAACAGAAUUAAGAUUAGCAACUCCCCACCUUGCUCUUUUUGUGGAACUGAGGAUACCAAAGCUUGGUUUUUCUAUGAAGAGAGAAGUGACUGGUGCAACAAGAGAGGCUCAGCCAACCGGUGCUACCUCCCACUGUGAAAAUCUCUGGUGCUUUGAAGCCUUAAUUAAUGAAGCUAUUUAAAGUUUCUGAAGGUGCUGAUGGCUUUCCACACGUCUGUGGGAGGACACCUAGCUUUAUUGUUAUUUUAUAAUUAUUAUAUAGGAAGUACCCAAUGCUUCCCAUUGUACAGAACCCUUCACCCCUGAGAUGGCUAUUCUAAGCACUGACCACAUUAAUGCAGCAGGCACAACUGCUCACAAUCUUAUUUUUGGGAAUUUUUGUGUCUCACCAUGAAAUACGUACCUCAGAUAUGCACAUUCCCCAAUCUGCACCCCUUAACUUCCCUCCUUCCCCUCCCAAGGGUAAUAAAAUCCAUGCCUAAUGCUCAAAGGGGAAACUAGCCCACAGCCACGUUACAUUUUAACCUUCCAGCCCCCCUACCGUACAGUGCAGAAAUAUGACGGCUCAGGGAUGAAGGGGAAAUGGAAAAAAAAACUCUAAAAUAAAUGGUAAAUUAAGUAAAAAAAAAAAUUUUUUUAAUUUAAAAUGUGUUUAUAUAUUUUAAGGGAAUAUUUUUGUAGGCUUAUUGGUGAAUUUGCAACAAAGGAAUUUUUAUUCAUAGGAUAGCUGUGUAGAUUUAUUUUUCACUGCUCAGUUGUAUAAAGUGCUUCAGGAAGCUGUAUGAAUUUCUACCUAAGGAAUCGCCUGUAUGUGUACUGCUGCCCGUCUGUUACGCUCUAAGCUUGGCCAUUCACCCCGGCCUAAGGGGAGAGCUGGUGUUUAUUUAAGUGCAAACCCCCCCCCCCCCCAUCCCCUUUCUACUUGCUCUGGCAAACUAGUGAAGGUGCCUUAAAACCCAACUGGCUUUGGAGUAUGUCCUGUAGAGAUUUUAGUUUCUAUGUGUAAAUAUGGAGCUAAAGAAGAUUAUAUUGCUGUCAUGUUCUAUAAUGAUGUUGUAAUCUAGGCUGUACUGUAUUGAGAAUACAAUGUGCUAUGUUUAGAAAGGUUUAUUGGAUGUCCUCAAAGGGUUUGUUUUUUUUCUUUUUUUUUUUCUCUACUCCAACAACAAACAGAAAUAUUCUUCCAAAUACCUCACCAUGUGAUUUGGGGGCUCUUUCUAACCUCUCUCUAUCACUUCUCUUUGCUUUACAGGUUCAUUCUUUUGUCAUGUAAUUUUUUUUCCUUUCUGCCCCUUUUCUGCCUGUUUCGGUGUUGGAAUUUCACAUUACUUGGCAAAAAAAUAAAACAAUAAAAAGGAAACUUUUCAGAACGAG